ACCUUCAAGAUGUGGUUGACUACCCCGUUGCUGUUCGUCAGCACCCUCCUGGGCCUCUCUGGCGUUGUCCUCGCUGACAACCCCAUUGUCCAAGACAUCUACACCGCAGACCCAGCACCAAUGGUCUACAACGGCCGUGUCUACCUAUUCACCGGCCAUGACAACGACGGCUCCACAGACUUCAACAUGACAGACUGGCGUCUGUUCUCGUCAGCAGACAUGGUCAACUGGCAGCACCACGGUGUACCCAUGAGCCUGAAGACUUUCAGCUGGGCUAACAGCAGAGCCUGGGCUGGACAGGUCGUUGCCCGAAACGGAAAGUUUUACUUUUACGUUCCGGUCCGCAAUGCCAAGACGGGAGGAAUGGCCAUUGGCGUGGGCGUCAGCACCAACAUUCUCGGACCCUAUACAGAUGCCCUUGGAAAGCCAUUGGUUGAGAAUAAUGAGAUCGACCCAACAGUCUAUAUCGACACUGAUGGCCAGGCCUACCUGUACUGGGGUAACCCUGGCUUGUACUAUGUCAAGCUCAACCAAGACAUGCUCUCCUACAGCGGCAGUAUCAACAAAGUCCAGCUGACAACUGCUGGAUUCGGAUCUCGUCCAAACAAUGCCCAGCGCCCUACUACCUUUGAGGAAGGACCUUGGCUGUACAAGCGAGGUGACCUUUACUACAUGAUCUACGCCGCGAACUGCUGUUCCGAGGACAUUCGUUACUCAACUGGACCCAGCGCCAUCGGUCCCUGGAAUUACCGUGGUGUCGUAAUGAACAAGGAGGGUCGAAGCUUCACAAACCACCCAGGCAUCAUAGACUUCGAGAGCAACUCGUAUUUCUUUUACCACAAUGGUGCUCUUACUGGUGGCAGUGGUUAUACCCGCUCCGUGGCCGUCGAGAGCUUCAAGUACGGUUCCAACGGUCUCAUCCCUGAGAUCAAGAUGACCACGCAGGGUCCAGCUCAGCUUAAAUAUCUGAACCCAUAUGUCAAGCAGGAGGCCGAGACCAUCGCUUGGUCCGAAGGCAUCGAGACUGAAGUCUGCAGUGAAGGUGGUCUCAACGUUGCAUUCAUCAACAACGGUGACUACAUCAAGGUCAAGGGAGUCGACUUUGGCAGCACUGGUGCAAAGACAUUCAGCGCUCGUGUCGCGUCUAACAGCAGUGGUGGCAAGAUUGAGCUUCGACUUGGCAGCAAGACUGGCAAGUUGGUUGGUACCUGCACGGUAUCUACCACUGGAGACUGGCAGACUUACAAGACGGUUGAUUGUCCCGUUAGUGGUGCUACUGGCACGAGUGACCUCUUCUUUGUCUUUACUGGUACUACCUCGGACUAUCUGUUCAACUUUAACUGGUGGCAGUUCAGCUAA